AGGUGUUUAUAUUUAUACGUCUCAUUGCUUUGUCCGCUGAAAUUUUGAGAGAUAACCUAAUUCCAAAAAGACAUCGAACAAAAGAAUUAUGACGCAUUCUUCAAACGCUCAAAGUCGUCUUAUCCCAGUGCCAAAUGAUGAAUUAACAAAACUUCGUGACCUUUAUCUCCGUGAUUGGCCUAAAAAUUGUGUUGGCUAUUACACAUUGGACAAUUUUAUCCGAUGGUUGCAGAAAGAUCCACAAAUUAAAGCUCUGUCCAUUCUCACUUUAAGUAACAACGUCGAAAGCAGCGUCGUCGUCGUCGGUGACAGAAGCGAUGGCAAUGGCGAUGGCAACGGCGACAACGAUGACAAUGACUGGCGGGUCGAUGGAACAUUCGUGCUUGUAGACAGAUAUCAGCUUUUUUUAAGCACGUUAAAUCCCUCUAACGAAAGACUGAGAAUUGCACUUUCAUUGUUGGACUGGUCCCGAGGCUAUAAAGUCAGUUCAUUUUUGGAACGCCAUCGUCCUGCAGUGGUGUCCGUGGUUGAAUCAUACAAACUGCAUAAGGAAUAUGAUAGCCUAACGCUGGUCUAUCAUAUGCCGCGUUCUGAAGCCAUUCAAAUGAAAAUUGAUUGCCCGGAAGGUUUUGUUGUGCGGGAAAUGGAUGAGGAUGAUGCUGUUGUGGCAGACAACGUCUGGCCAAAUCAACACGUGGGCUCGUUGUUCCUAUUGAAGCGUCUGAUUAAAUGGAAUCCAAAUAUGGGCGUUUUUACAAAAGCCGACAAUCAGUUGGUUGCGUGGUGUUUUAGGCUUCAGGGAGGAUUCCUGGGAGCUCUUCAAGUAAAAGACACUCAUCAGCGAAUGGGACUUGGAAGUCUGGUGCUGAGAGCAAUAACAAAGAAAAUCGGUCAAAUGAAUCAAGAUGUCACAGCGUGUGUUGGAACACAGAAUACACCUUCGAGGAAGAUGUUCGAGAGAUGUGGCUUCAAGGUAGUUGAUAAAGCCUACUGGUUGAGGACAUAUCCCACCAUAAAGGAUUUUGAAUGGGUUGAUGAAUGCAAGUGUGUCAUCUUUUCCUUAAAAUUCGUUGUUCUUUUAAAUAAAAUGAGGAAAAAUAAUCUUGUGGAAAUUCCUUUUGAAGAUUGGCCAAAACUUCGUGACCUCUAUGUUAAACGAAAUUUGGAAUCGAACUCUUUUUACUUGUUUCAAAAUAUCAUAAAUUGGUUGAAUAAAGAUCCAUCUCUUGAGAAAUCAGUGAAACUGUACUCAUUAAAUGGUGAUUGGAGUGAUGGAACUUUUAUACUUCAAGAUCACAAGCUCUACAUCACGAUGAAUACACUUGAAGAGUCUCAAAAGCGACUUUUAGCGGCUCUUCAUUGUCUCGAUAAGAAACAACCUCUGAUAAUAUCUGGGUUUCCGAUAAGAAUUAAAAAAGCAAUAGAAACUUAUUUGUUAGACUUGGGAAUGAAAAAGGAAGACUUUCAAUUUUGGCCAACUAUUUGGCAUCAUAUUGAACUUAAGAAAGCCUUAGAAUUUAAUAUCGAUCCACCAAAAGGAGUAACUCUUUCAGCAGUUCGUCUAGAAGAUAUUGAAACAAUAAAUGAUCAUUGGCCGCAUCGUCAUUUUGGUUCGGAGUUAUUUAUUAGCCGCUUGGUAAAAUUAAAUCACAGUAUUGGUGCAUAUAAUGAGUGUGGGGAAUUAAUAGCUUGGUGUUUGCUGCAGCCAACAGGAGCCUUAGGAUUAUUACAAGUUCGGGAUGACUACAAAAGGAAAGGAUUAGGAAGCCUUUUGGUCAGAGCUAUGGCCAAAAUUAAUGCCGAAAAAGGAAUUGAAACAAUGGCUGCUGUGGUAGAAGAAAAUAAUGCAUCUCGAGCAAUGUUCAAAAGUUUAGGUUUCGUAGAAAUCGAUAGAAUAAAUAUUUGGUUCAAUAAACCGGAAAUAAUUUAAAAAA